GAAUGGAUGCAGGCACAGCUGUAGCCAGCUCUGAGAAGCCAGAGAGUUCAGUUGCUGUCUCUGUACCCCUCGCACCGGCUGCCAUGGCCAAGGAGGAGAAAGCCCGGGUCACAUCAGGGGACAAACUCACGAUGAAGCACCUUGAACCUGCUUUCACCAAGGUUCCACCACAGACUCAUCUGGAUCAGAAGCUCUCUGUAUGUAGCAAACUCUGUUUCGCCAUCGGAGGAGCACCGAAUCAGGUCGCCGGGAGCGCAACAGCAUUCUUCCUUCAAAUAUAUCUACUUGACAUUGCACAGAUUAACCCAUUCCAGGCCUCCAUGGUGUUGUUCGUCAGCAAGGCUUGGGGGGCAGUUACUGACCCCAUUGUGGGAUUCUUCAUUACUAAAAGCAAAUGGACAAAGAUUGGGCGACUAAUGCCAUGGUGUUUCCAUGUGCCUUAUUCCGCCCUGACCAUGUUCUUGAGCACCGACCAGCGGGAGAGAGACUCUGCUACAGCUUACCGUAUGACGGUGGAGGUGCUCGGGACGCUGGUGGGUGCCGCCAUUCAGGGUCAGAUCGUAGCGAGCGCACACACUCUGAAGCACUGUCCGCAUCGAAACCUGACCACUGGUCACCUGGGAAACAGCAGUGGCACAGAGAUCAUCAGAUCCUUGGCGCUGUCACAGGACUUCCUGUCUCAUGCUAAGGAAGUGUACAUGAUAGCUGCCGGAGUGAUCGGUGGGCUGUUUCUGGUUUGUACGGUGGUCAUGUUCCUGGGAGUCAAAGAGAGCGAUGAUCCCUAUGCUCCUAAAACGGACAAGGCCAUUCCUUUCCAUAAGGGCUUUAUUUUGGUCAUGAAGCAUGGGUCCUACCUGAGUCUGACUGCGGCUUUCCUGUUCAUAUCCGUGGCCAUCCAGUUGAUACAAAGUAACUUUGUGCUGUUCUGCACAUAUGCGGUGGAGCUGCGAGAACACUUUCAGAACAUUGUUUUGACAAUUCUGAUGUCGGCCGCAGUGAGUAUCCCAUUCUGGCAGUGGUUCCUUGAGAAGUUCGGGAAGAAAACAGCAGCUUUCUGCGGCAUUACAUGGAUCAUGCCGUUCACGGUGAUGCUGGUGUUCAUCCCUAAUCUGAUAGUGGCAUAUGUCGUGGCCGUAUCAUCUGGGUUUAGUGUGGCCGCUUCUCUCUUGUUACCAUGGUCAAUGUUACCAGAUGUAGUGGAUGACUUCAGACUGGCAAACCGCAACUCAAAAGGACACGAGGCGAUCUUCUACUCCCUAUAUGCUUUCUUCACUAAGUUUGCUGCAGGCAUUUCUCUCGGAGUGUCGACGCUCUGUCUCCAGUUUGCUGGUUAUGACACAGGCGCGUGCAGACAGCCCCCUCCAGUGGUCUAUACGCUCAAACUGCUCAUCGGUGCCGCCCCGGUGGCCUGUAUCACCACAGGCCUCAUGAUCCUGGUGCUGUACCCGAUCAGUGAGGACGUCAGAUUACGAAACAAACUCGCCCUGGAGGAGCUCAGAAGCCAGAGUAUUACCUGUAAAUCUCUCAGAGCUGAGCUGAGCAGCGCGUGACGUCCUCAAACAGCCGAUCCUUAUAUUCUAGCCCAGCGCUGGGAUGAGUCGUGUUAGUGUAUAUUACACUGUGCGACAUAUAUAAUGUUUUACUGUAAACAUUUCAGUUUGUUUC